UCUUCUCAUUGUCCAGCUGUGCAUGCUCUCCACAGCCGUGCUGCGGUUAUGGGCUGGCUGUGUGACGUGCCAGGAGGUGUCGGACUGUGGGCUGAGAUAAAGAGGCGGCUGAGAAGAGAAGAGCGCGCAGAACAGUGCGGCAGAGCGCAGAGACGUGAACACCACAGUGCCUGAACAUCUGAGCCCAGAUCAGACCAGAACAGAACAGAUUAAGGCAGCUGGAUCAUGCUGCUGCCCCAGCCGACACAUUAACGCCUCCGUCCCGGUUCAGACUGCUACGCGGCGGGCUUUCGCGUUCAGAGCGUCCGGCGGGAGAAAACCUAUAAAACAAAAAACUUUAUUGACUGCCUGAGGGAUUUGCAGUAGCAGCCAUGGGCAGUAAGACUCUACCAGCUCCCGUCCCUCUUCACCCGUCCCUUCAGCUGGCCAACUGCUCCCUCAUCCAGACCUCCUCGGGUCUCCAGAUACCAACUGAUCAUUUUCAGAGCAUCUACAGCUUUAGUGCUCUUCACGCCAUCCAUCUCCACCAGUGGACCCUCGGCUAUCAACCUCUGGCCUUCCCCCGCUGCACAUUCUCCAAGCUGCCUCCUCAGUUCUCCUCCAUGGCCUCCUUCCCCAUAUUUCCCCACCUUCUGCAGCCAAAGCUGGACACAGCAGGAUUGCUGCAAAGCUCCAAGAGCAAACCACGCUUUGACUUUGCCAACCUGGCAGCAGCAGCUACACAGGAGGACCAUCUGAAGGUGGAAGACCUGAGCAUGACGGGUGCUGCUGCUGCUGCUGCUGCAGCGCAGGUAUCAUCUCAACACCAGACCUCGGCCAGCCUGGGAUGCCUGCUGGAUGUGACCAAACUGUCCUCACCUGAGCGCAAGUCCAGCCGAGGCAGACUGCCCUCUAAGACCAAGAAGGAAUUCGUCUGCAAGUUUUGUGGCCGACAUUUUACGAAAUCCUACAACCUCUUGAUCCACGAGAGGACGCAUACAGACGAAAGGCCAUACACCUGCGAUAUCUGCCACAAGGCCUUCAGAAGACAAGAUCACCUCAGGGACCACAGAUACAUCCAUUCCAAAGAAAAGCCCUUCAAAUGUCAAGAGUGCGGAAAAGGAUUCUGUCAGUCCAGGACAUUGGCUGUCCACAAAACAUUACACAUGCAAGUCAAGGAACUGAAGCCAGCCAAGAUGAAGUGAUUCACUGCAGCAGCAGGGAAAGGGACCGGGAACACUGGAAAAACAACACGACCAAAGACAACCGCCAAAGAUAUUUUCUUUUUUUCUCAUCUCAGCCGUUGGAGGCGCAGCUUUCAGUGUGAACAUUCCUCAAGGAAGAAAUGUUCCAGCAGCGGAUUCGCCGUAGAAAUAAUGCAGAAAUAAGCCUUAAAGACUGUGCGUUGGGUUAUCAGUGCCUGAUUUGGCAGCGAACUCAGUGGAUGUGUGGAAUGUGAAAUGGACCUCAAAAUAAAAAUUAAAAAAAACUUCUGAGGCUGCUCAGCACAAAUAUUUUGUUCCAAAGCUUAUAAUCUAAAGAUGGACUCUGCAUGUAUGCAAGAUAUGUUUCUAGAAGCCAUAUUAGCAACACACAAAUAUCACAUUCCAAUGUUAUUUUUGUACAGAUGCAUUAUAUCAAAUUGUAUUUUUGCACUUUAACCUGAUUAUUAAUUAUUGACAUAUAUCACUGGAUUUCCUAAACUUAUUUUUUAAAUGAAUAAUCAUUUCUAAAUAAAGUAUUUUACUGUA